AUGUUUGCUGUCUUAGAUAAUAUACGGGUCUCGGCCUCAACAAGACAAGAUUUACUACAAUCUCUAUUACGUGAAUGUCAACAACCUAAUCAGCCAUUACUCAAUCAAUUAAUUGAAUACUAUUUUCACACAGAAUCACCCAAUGCUCUUCUAUUAAUUAAACAAUACAAUGACACAGGAAAAGAACAAUCAAAAAUUUUAAUCGAGCAUUUAAAUACACAAGGUUUAAAACCAAGUAAUCGUCAUUCGAGUAGUAGUUUUAAUAGUGAAUCGUAUUCAAAUGAAGAACAAGAAAGAGUGACUCAUAUUAUGAAAGUCUUUCGUAUGUUAUGCUUAAUUAUUCAUAGUCAAGUGCCUGGAUUGCCAACACUGAUUAAAGACAGUUUAGUACUGCCGAAUUGUCUUAAUGCAAUAACAAAGUGUAAAGAUGAUCCAAAUAUUUUAGCACAAGCUUGCUAUUUUUUUGCUGCUUUGACAGCUAUUUUACCUGGUGAAAUUGUUCAACAAACAGAAUCGAUUAUUAAUGUAUUUAAAGCCACGUGCAAAUAUCUUUAUAAAAAUAAAGCAUUACUUCGACAACUUUCAAUUCAAACAAAUUCUCAUUCUCUUGAAAAUGUUCAAUUAUGGAUUGUAAAUCAAUCGGCACAUGCACUGUUUUACACUCUCUAUACAGUAUAUCCAUGUAAUUUUCUGUAUCAUAUUCAACGUGAAUUUCAACGGAAUGAAAAUCUUGAUGUAUUUGAACAUAUUUUCAUACCAAUGUUCCAACGUGUUCGUUUUAAUGCACGUCUUAUUGAUAGUGAUCGUAAACGUGAAUUAGAUAAAGUGAAACGUUUGAGACCAAAUUCAUCUAAUACUAUUUAUGAUGCAAGAAAGCUUUCACUUGAUCCCUUAUUUGGACGAGAAUCACCAACCAAUCAUAAUUGGAUGCAUCAAGAAAUGAAAAAAAUUUUACCAUUUUCACAUUUUAAACGACAAUCUCCAACGAAUUCAAGUGAUCAACUGUCUGAUGGACUGCGAAAUUCAAAAGACAUUACUAGUCCAUCGGAUAAUACGUCAAAACGAUCGAACAGUUCACCACUUCAAAAAUUUAAAGAAAAAAUCAAAACUUAUUUUCGUCCUGCGCCAUCACCAUCAUCAACUGCAGCAACUACAUAUUCAACAACAGAUACCAAUACAACAACUAAUAAAAAUAAUAAUACGUUAUCUAUUCCAAAUGUUUCUUCUUCUCUUGUAUCAUCUCCAGCGUCGCCAGCUACCGCAUCAGACAUGCGUGCUGUUAAAACAAUGCCAGAAUUACAAAGUAAUAAUGAUCUAUCAUCAUCGUCUUCUUCAACUCCAACUAUUCGACGUUCUGAUGAAAAAGAUCAAAUAUUUGUUAGAUCAGUUAUUAAUACUAUUUCAACAAAUUAUGAUCAAAACUUACCAUCUCAUUGGAGAAAAAUUCUUGGUCGUUAUGAUUCAAAUCUUCUUGAAGCUUCAACUCCACAACGUCCAGCAAUCUUUUAUGUUUCACCAUCUGAACAUAGUCUUGAUAAUCAACCACAGCAGCAAAAACAGUCCCAACAGCAGCAACAACAACAAGUAGAUGAUAGUUCGCCAACAUCAACAAACGAAAAACGGCAACGAUGUGUAUCUGCCUCUUGUGCUAGCAGUAGUAGUCAACAAGUUCAUUCGCCUGUUCUUGCUGCACCAACAACAUCAACUGAUGAUAUUUUGCCUCGUACACAAUCGCUGUCAACAAAACAACGUACUCGACAUUCGGCAACACUGUCAACAACAGAUUCAUUUCAUCAAAGACAUUUAAUAGUAAAUCAAAUUCAAUAUGAAGAAGAUGAUGAUGAUGAUAAUUUAUUCAUGGAUCAAACAUCAUCCAUUGAUUCAUGGACGUACCAAAUUCCAUUGGAAUUAUAUAUUUGUCCGGAAACGAAAAUGUCUAUUAUUGAUGAAUUAACAUGGAAUGAUCAUGAGUUUAUUAGUAUACCACAUUUUGAUUUUAACGAUAUCGUUUCAAAUAAUUGUUCAUCAAAUGAACUUAAACAAUUUGAUCGUUUGUAUAAAUGUCAUUCCUGUUAUGAAGUAUUUUUAACAGAACAAUAUAAAGAUAUAUGGGAACGUUUAUGGUCAAAACAAAAGUCAUUUCAAAAGCAUACCUAUGAAAUUCAAACUACACAUGCUUUUUUAAAUACACUUCAUUUUGAAAUUCAAGGUCAUUUAAAUGAUGAAACAAAUAUAUACGAAAACGAUUCAAAAUGUCUAUCGGAUGAAAAUAGUUUAUUAGGUGGAAAAGUUGUUGAACUGGGAAAAGUUACAUCGCGACGAAAGCAAACUUCUACAAAUGCAGAAAGAGAUACAGAACUAGAAGAACUUGAGAAAUCGCAUGGCCAACUUCGCAAAAUUGUCAAUAAUGAAACAUUAAAAUUAAACAAUCUUCUUACUGAAUUGGAUGAUAAUGACAAAGAAGCAGAGUUAGCUGCAGAACGAUCAGAACAAUUGAGACUUGUUACACAAAAUAUAACACAUCUUAAUGAACUUAAUCAACAGCUUGAAUGUCAAUAUUUACGCUUUACAGAUGAUAUGCUAAUGGGUACACAUAACAAUUUGUUACCUUCUCAUCUUACUAGAGAUGAGGAUGAUGAACUGAAUCAAUUUAAAUCGGCAUCGUCAACAACAACAACCAACGGACGUGAUGAAACCAGUGAACUGGAUUCAAUUUCUUUUAGUGAGGAGCAUCGACAAGAUAUCGAAGAUUUCAAUCCACAACAGGAUGAUGAUCAACCUGAAAAAUAUGAUCAAUUACUUGCUGAUAUAAUCGAAAUUUUAAACAAUCAAAAUAAAGACAAUGAUAUCACUCAGAUAGAUAUAGAAAAUAAGGCGUAUGAAAUUCUUCUUGAAUAUAUGGAAUCUAAAGAGAAUAUGCAGGAUUAUCUCGUCGAGCACAAUACACGUUAUAUUGAUCUUUAUUUGGAAGCCCAAGCUGAUUAUAUGGUACAAGUCGAAAACGAACUCUCACUGAAUAAGUCGAUAUUAGAGCAGAUGCCAAAUGUAGCAAUGUAA